AGUUAUAUUAGAAGACCUCAACAGAGGUAGACAAUUACUGGUGCUAAAGUAAAGUUUAACGCCUUUUAACGCGGCAACAAGGGGAGUUUUAAGCAUGAGAUCCCUAAAUUUAUUGCUCUUGGGUGCCAGUUGUGCUCUCAUAGUGAGUUUUGCCUACGCCCAUCCUCCCGAGGGUGAAUGGAAGAAAAAACUAGUGUGGAAAGAAGAUUGGGUACAGGUCUGGAAGACGGUGAAAAAAGAAGCCUGGGAAACUAAAUGGAAAAAAGUGCAGGUGCCCAUUUGGAAAGAAGUCAAAGUACCCGUUUGGAAAGAAGAAAAAGUACCCGAUUGGAAAAUAGUAAAGAAACCACAUAUUGAAGAGCGUGAGGUGCCGGCCUGGAAGGAAGUCAAGGUCCCCGAAUGGAAGAAAAUCACCAAACCCAUAUGGAAACAGGUGCAAGUGCCGGUAUGGAAGGAGAUACAAGUACCCGUAUGGAAGGAGAUACAAGUGCCAGUAUGGCGUGAAGUCAAGGUGCCGGUAUGGAAGGAAAUACAAGUGCCCGUUUGGAAAGAAGUGCAAGUGCCAGUAUGGCGUGAAGUGCAAGUGCCAGACUGGAAGAAAAUGUUCGUACCCGAAUGGGUUAAAAUGGGCAUACCCGGCGAAAAGUACUUAGGCAAAGAUCACGAAGGCUGGGAAUACACCAGUCACGAUUUGUGGCGCAAGAAAUUAAUCUGGAAACCGGUAUGGAAGAAAAUCUGGCGUACCGAAAAGAAGCAAGAAUGGAAGACCGAAAAGAAGCAAGAAUGGAAAACCGAAAAAGUACAAGAAUGGAAAAUCGAAAAGAAACAAGAAUGGGAAACCAAAAAAGUGCAAGAAUGGAAAACCGAAAAGAAACAAGAAUGGAGAACCGACAAAAAACUCGAAUGGAAAGUCGAAUGGGUGCAAAUAUGGAAACCAGUGAAAAAACAAAUCUGGAUUAAGGAGAAACGUGAAACCUGGGUAGAGGAAAAAGUACAAAUCUGGCGCACCGAAAAGAAACAAGUCUGGGCCACCGAAAAGAAAGAGGCCUGGAAAGAAGAAUGGAAAUCAAUACAGGUGCCCGUAUGGAAAGAAGUUAAAGUACAAGAAUGGAAAAAGGUAUGGAAGCCAGUAUGGGAAAAAGUUUGGGUACCCGCCCCCAGUCAUCAUGGUUGGGAUUGAGUGUCUCUCACCCCCUCCCCCCAUACUAGGUAAUACUAACUAAUGAAAGAAUUAAACUUAAAGUUUAACUUAUUUAGUAAAGCUUAAUGUUUUGCCACAGUACUGAAAUCAUUUUUUUAUUAAUAACACACACACACCCAUACACUCGUUCUCGAAAACAUUUUCUUAAACCCAAAGUACAUUUUUUACCCCCCCUUAAAACACCCAACAUGCUUCAUUAAACAUGCAUUUAGAAAAUUUUUGUUUAACAAAGGUUUAUAAACCUUUUUUAAAACCUUAUAAACAGCUGUUAUAAACUGAAUUUUUAAACAGAGUUUUUUAAAAAAGGGCCUAAUUUGUUAAUCCCCAACCAAAUAGUACUUUUUUGUAUAAACCAGAAAUCUUCAAAAUUUUCCAAGAAUUUUUGCAUAAAUUAGUUAAGUUUUUUUUGGAUAAUUUGUGCAUUUAAAAAAACAAACAAACAUUUGUUUAUAACCUUUGUUGUCAUCGAUAAACUAGUUUUUGUAACUUUAAACCAAAAACCCAAAACUGUUACAUAUCCAUUGAUUAACUAAAAUGGUUUGCUUUGUGUUCAAAACCAACAACCUGUUUAUCACUCAAAUAGUAAAAGAUAUAAAAUUUCUCAAUUUUUGUUGAAUUUUAAAUUUAAACAAAAAAUUUUUAUUAAUUUUUAAGAUGACAACAAACAAUCAAACAAAUUAUUAUUAUUUGUAAAACAUUUUGAAGGUCUUUGUUUAGGAAAAAAACCUAAAUGGUUAAAACAAAACCCACAAAAUCCAAAAUCCCACAAAGCUGUUAACGUUAUAUUAUCAAAAUUAGUCCAAUUUAAAUUUUUUUCCAAACUCUGCUUAAAAAUUCAGUUAAAAUCAAUUAACAAAACAACAUGUAUAUGUGCUUUCACGCCUCCAAACAUUUUUAGCAUUUACAAUUUUAAAUUUCCUGCACUUCUUUCAUUUUAACCAAAUUUAUUGUUUUUAUUUUUAAGUUUUCUUAUUGUUUUUUUCGCUCUUCUUUAACUAAGAAUUGUUAAAACAUUUCUGUUCAUAUUUUUUUUUUAUUAUUUUUCUAACUUUUUUUUAGUUUUUAAGUUUGUACAAAUUAGUCAUUUACUCGAUUUUUUCAUAUGACUGGCUAUUCAUCAAAUAAAAAAAAAGUUAUAUGGAAAAAAUAGAGUUAAUUUUACACAAAAAAAAUUUAUAAAUAUAUUUUGUAAAUAAUUCAUUAUAAAAUAAGACAAAAAAUUAUUAUAAAAAAAAUUGUUAAAACUAUUUUUUUAGUUAUGUACUUUUUUGUUAAAAAAAAUAUAAUAAACAACAUAUUUU